UACACAGGCUUUCCUAACACUCCUGCUCCUGAUAAUUACAGGGAGGUAUCCCAGCUUCAUAUUUAAUAAAUACAUAAAUGAAUAAGAUGCUAAAUUGCCACUUUUCUUGACAGUUGUAAACUAAACCUUGGCAAAACAUCUCUUUGCACCCUAGAAGUUGGGAAAUCCAAACAGACCUUUGACUUUUAAGGAUCUCAUGAUUUUCAAGCCAACUUUGUGUGCUGUGGAGUGGUGAGGAGGAGACUCUGGAUUUUCUCACUCUUGAAUGUGUCAGUGCUAAACGCAGAGACUGGGAGCUGGAAAUAAAAAAAAAAAAACCAAACCAAAACAGACUUUGAUACUGCAAAUACUUGGGUGGGAUUUUAACAUCACAUGCUUGAGCCUACAAACACAAGAAGAGCCAGACUGGGUCAGCCCCAACAUCCUGUCUCCAGCAGCAAGCAGUAGCAGACUCCCCAGUGCUUAGUGUAAUUUGUUGACAAAACCCUGCUUUUUUUUUUCUUUUCCUUUUUUUUUUUCCUUAUUUCGCCCCCCCCCCUUUUUUUUCCCUGUAACAUCAUGUGUCCAAGAGCGGGCACAUCCCAGUGCAACUGUUUGCUGUCAUGUUGAAAUGCAUCUGAGAUUGACAAAGUUCCCUCCACUCCAGGAGCAUUACACAACCCCUGGGCACUAUAAAUCCAGGAUUUCACGCUUCUCCAACUCUUUAAGGUCCUUCACUCUUCCUUGUGGUGGAACCCCCACUCACGUUCAGCUAUGCGGAUCCUCCAGCUGCUCUUUGCAGUCAUUGUCAUUCUCCUCCUCCAGGACGUUCCCGCAAGAGGUCUUCCAGACAGCCAGCAGUGCAGAAGCAACCAUGGCCACUGCCGGAGGCUUUGCUUCCACAUGGAGCGCUGGGAAGGGAGCUGCAGCAACGGCCGCCUGCGCUGCUGCCGAUGAGAAGGGCCACGCUGGGAAGGACCUCGGCAUCCUAGGGGGACCAGCCCAGUGACCCUGUGACCACGACUGCAUGUAGGAUCUGCUCUCAGACACCUCAUCUACACUCACAGCUUGGUUUGUCCAUCACCAAUAAACCUGUCGGUUUUAUAUA